AUGCAUACAAAGGAUCUUCCCCUUAUUCUUGGCCUUUUAGCUCAACUUAUAUCUGCGCAAGAAGUGACUCCUGCACCACGCCCCGGGUCCUACUCCCUACUCCGCCGUGAUGGCACGCCUACUGCAUCCUGUCCAGAGCAGUUUGGAAACACUCCGAUGAACUGUAACGAUCCAGCUUGUGGUGGCAAGUCUGAUACGGCUCAAGUUUGCAAGAACAACAGCGGUAACGGUAAGCCAUGCCAGUGCCAAAUCGGUACUGCAGGCGCACCAGCCCCUACCAAUACCAAAGUCACAGCAACAAACUCUGCUGGAUCCACAAUCGUUGGUGUCUACGAACUAGUUACUAUCGACAAAUAUAAGUCUCUUAGACAGCAACAGACUAUCACUUUUACGCAGACUACAACCGGAACUGACGGAAAACAAACUGUUGCAGCGGCUGCAGCAGUUGUGGCGGCUGGCGGUGUUGCCUGGAUUCUCGGAACUGGUGCAGACGCUGCAGGCGCCGCACUUCUCCAAGCCCCAAAACCACCAGAGGCCAACAAGGACGACCCAAAGUGUCCCGCCCAGAAGCACAAAUGCAAGGAUUGCGGUGCCGUCCCGGGAGUUAACAUUUGUGUCACACCCGACGGAGGGUGUGGUUGCGAACCUGAAGAGCAGUGCCCAACAGGAGAAGCAAUGCCCAAAUGUAGCGACAAGGACUGUACGGGCCAGAACAGCAAAUGUACGUCCGGAAAGCAUAAUGGCUGCGCCUGCAAGAGCUGCCCAACAGGGGAUCAACAACCUCAAUGUGACGACAAACAAAAAUGCAAUGGUAAGGACGGGAAGUGUACCCUUGGCGACAACGACGGAUGCCAAUGUAAAGAGAAUUCGUGCCCAGAAAAGCGGUACACACCAUUCUGCGACUUCUGUGGCGACAAGGGCAGCGACGGCAAAUGCAAAGGCAUCGCCGAUAAGAACAAUCUCUGGAAAGGCUGUGAAUGCUGGGACGAGCCACCAAAUCCGGUCAAGUGGCCACAACAGGAUCAGUCCAUCCUGAACUUUGACCCGGAUAGUCUACCAAAGAUUUCUCCCAGCUCUUAUUCGUACGGUGGUGACGAUCCACUCAAGUGUCAGAAUUUGCCAUAUGACGCCAAACGGGACGACCUUAAGAAGGGCAUCGCUGAGUGGUGCAAAAGCGUGGACGGCAAAGAGGUCACCAAGUCAGGCGAUACAGAGUUUGUCUACAAGCGCUUCGACUACGACUACUACAGCUACUGGCUGGCGGCGGGAUACGAUGGAGCAUCAGGCGGGAACUGCGGCGACAAGGCGAAAGUGACUGAAAUCAAUUGUGUCAGCACCAUGCUGGAGGAACUCGAUGACUGCAACAUCGGACAGGAUAGAUUCAAGGGCGCCGAGCUCACAGACGGAUGUGUUCGAUACCAGGUCACCUUCAGUCGAUCCAAGAACGACCACGACCCACCAUUCAAGCAGUUACCCCAGGAGUCACCCGACUGUGCCAAAGGCAAUGACGAUGUCAGCGAAGUUGCGUUUAACUUCUGGAAAGGCGUUUCCAAGAAGUUCUGCAACGAGGUAGGAGAUGGCAAGAGUGGGAAGAAGGCAGACCUAAAAAACACCGACCUGCAAACGCGGUCACUCUUUGGGCGCACUCCUCCACCUUCGGACAAAUCGUACCCAGACUGGAAGUUCCAUUUUGAGUGGGAGCCAAAGGGUUCGGGCUUCUGUGCCAAAACCUGCGAACAGGCCAUGGGCACAUUCACCGACGCUUGUGGCCAUUAUGGUAAUAAACAGAACAGCAUGGUUAAGAAAGGCUCGAUUGAAGUCGGAUGCGGCAAGUACAGCUACAGCCUCGAAGGACCCCCGAAAGCACCAGCACCGGCACCAUCAUCGCAACCAGCAACACCCGUCUACGCAGACUGCAGGAUAUGGUAUUCCGUCUUUUUCUGGCGCUUUGGGGUUACUUUCUUCACCGAUGAAAAUAAGAUGCGCGAUGAAAUCAAGGGCUGCGGAGCUGUGACUGAUUGGAAAAUCGAGGAACAAGUGGGCGACCGUAAAUACAUAACAUUUAACCUUCCGUUAGCUUUGAAGGAUGGCUGCGUUGAGCGAGCUCUCAAGACUGCAAGUGGGAAAGACGCUACGUGUCUGCGUUGAGCGAGCUAUAGAGCAGAAAGUCUUUUUUCGCAG